AUGAUGCCUGGCGUGACGAGCAUCGCUUUCCCUGGUGGCACUGCGGUGUCCUUUGGGGCGACCUUCGCCCCGCCCGCAGCGCCGACGGCCCCGCCUGGCGCUUCGCUGCUGGGCGACGUCGGCGCAUGGGCGGGCGCGACCAGCGCCGUGGGCGGCGUGCCCCCCACUGGCGGCCCUGCGGCCGCGGUGCCCCAAGGUGGCGGCCCUGCGGCCGCGGUAAGGGAGUACAGCCAGGCUGUGCAAAGCGGCGCUGUGAAGGCGCACGCGCUGGAGAUCAAGGACCUGCUGCAGGCGUUCGGGGCAGCGAAGGCUAUCGACUUCCAGUGGGGCCAAGGAUUCUGGAUGAGUACGCGGGCAAUCGAGGCCCAGGGCCAGCUGCACGCGGAAGUGAAGAGGCUGAUAUUCGGGUUCGGCUACGUGGGCGAGCAGACGAUGACGGUGCCGCAACAGGAGGAGAUGGGGGCGGCGCUCGAGCGGCUGGCGGCCCAGACUCUCGCCACUUCGAUCGACUUCGGCCUGCGAUGCUGCAAGAACGACGUGGAGAUCAUGCAGGCACUGGCGGGCGACGACAUGAUGGAGGUCGCACUCCGCCGACUGGCGGCGCGCGUGCACGAGCAGAGGACUGGCGACCGCGUCGGCGCGCAACACAUGUUGGGCGUCGCGCCGCCUGGCGGCUCGGCCGACGCGGAGCCUGCGUGGAUGGUGGCUUCAGCGACGACUCACUCCGAGAUGGAGCACCAGAGGCGCGAGUGA